AUGGGCAAAGCGGUGGUGAUCACCGGCGACGUGGAAGACGACCACGAAAGACAAGGUGAGCACUCUGCAACUGCUCCCCUGUUUCGGCCAUAGAUGAACCUUCGUCGGAGACCAGCCACUGAGAAGGAGAUGGGGGAGACCGUGCAGGGACGGUGUGGACGGGGACGGCGCAUGUCCUGGCGGCGGUGAUUGGCUCCGGCGUGCUGGCUCUGGCAUGGAGCGUGGCCCAGCUCGGCUGGCUUCUGGGCCCCGCCGUCCUUCUGGGCUUCGCCAUGGUCACCGUCUACACCUCCACUCUUCUCGCCGACUGCUACCGCUUCCCCUCUCCCGACUCCGGUCACAGAAACCUCACCUACAUGGACGCCGUCAGAUCCUACUUAGGUUUUCUCGAUCUCCUUCUUCUUCUCGUCCUCCGCCACCACAGGGUGUUCAGUUGAUGAUCUCGAUGAUGGUCUCUGCAAGGUCCCCGAGAGGUCUUCUUGUGCGGCGUCGCGCAGUACGCCAACCUGUGGGGAACGAUGGUGGGCUACACCAUUACCGCCACCGCCAGCAUGAUGUGAGUGAGCAUCUCGCUGGCGCCGCCAGCACCAUCUCUUGCUUCCGCCAUCGCCGGCCAAGUUUCUCACUGCUGUUUGUCGAGCAGGGCGGUGAAGAGGGCCAACUGCUUCCACCGGGAGGGGCACUCUGCAGGGUGCCGCGUCUCUGGGAACACCUUUAUGUUGGUCUUUGGGGUGAUGGAGGUGGCGCUGUCGCAGUUCCCCAGCCUGGAGAACAUCACCUGGGUCUCCGUCGUGGCGGCGGCCAUGUCCUUCGCCUACUCGCUCAUCGGGCUCUGCCUCUGCGCCGCAAGGUGGGUCUCCCACGGCGAGGUGAGGGGGACCCUCGGCGGCGCCACCGCCGCCUCUUCCACCGCCAAGACCUGGAACGCAUUUCAGGCCCUGGGGAACAUCGCCUUCGCCUACACCUUCGCCGAGGUCCUGAUAGAAAUUCAGGUGACUGAUUACACGACACGACAUGAUGUUCUUCUGCUCUGCUCUGCCCUACACUUAGAAUCAAUCUGAUCUACCCAACGCAGGACACUCUGAAAUCGCCACCGCCGGAGAACAAGACGAUGAGGAAGGUGAGCAUGUACGGGAUCGGGCUGACCGCCGUGUUCUACCUCUCGGUGGGCUGCAUGGGCUACGCCGCCUUCGGGGACAGCGCUCCCGGGAAUAUCCUCACCGGGUUCGGCUUCUACGAGCCCUACUGGCUCGUCGACAUCGCCAACCUCUGCAUCGUCCUCCACCUCGCCGGCGCCUACCAGGUGAGAUGCAGAUGACGAUCUCCCUCUCUCGAUCCUCCUCCCCACCUGCAAAUACCCAAUCAAACCAGUCUUCGUCAGGUCUUCGCCCAGCCCAUCUUCGCCGCCGUGGAGAAGAGCGUGGCGGCGCGGUGGCCGGAGGCGAAGUUCGUGAGCACCGUCUACAAAGUGAGGCUGCCCUUCUCUACGGGGGGCCGGACCCUGAGCUUUGCGGCGCCGAAGGUAGCCCUGAGAACGGCGAUGGUGGUGCUCACGACGGUGGUGGCGGCGCUGGUGCCCUUCUUCAACUCCGUGCUGGGCCUACUGGGGGCCUCCUCCUUCUGGCCGCUGUCGGUGUACUUCCCCGUGACGAUGCACAUAGUGCAGGCGAAGGUGCGGCCAUGGACGGUGAAGUGGGUUCUCUUGCAGGGGCUGAGCCUGGUUUGCCUGCUCGUCUCCCUCUUCGCCAGUGUCGGCUCGGUGGCGGACAUCGUCGGCAGCCUCAAGCAGAGCGCCCCUUUCAAGGUUCAGUACUAA